AUGUCCCUUCCCCUUCGCCAGUCUCCUCGAAAGGCCAAGACUGCGUCGACAGGCGCUGCUGCUGCGUGGAACACGCUUCUGUCAGGCGGCAGAAAGAAGCAGACCAUAAGCACAACGACUGUAGUGGCAGCGGACACGCAACCAUCAAACAUGGCGUCACGGGGCCGGGGCAGACCACCAAAGUCGGCGGCAGCCGCCGUGACCGAGAUAACCACUGAGACAGCAAACACGACCAAGACAACCAAGACGGCAAAAGUGACGACGACGCGCGUAAAGGAAGAGGAGGUGUCGCCGGCCAAGGUCUCAAAGGUAUCCAAGACGGCAUCCGCCGUCAAGACGGCCGCAUUAAAGCUCGCCACCAAGGCCAGUACAGCAUCACUGAAGCGCAAGGCCAAGGACGAGCCGGAGGACGAGGACGAUAGCCACGGACCCGAGGUCAGGGCUGCGAUCAAGGCUGAGGAAGACGUCUCGAUGAAGGCAAAUGUUGAGGACGUCAAGGGGGCGGCAGCUGCCAAAACAUCCAAGGCCACGAAACGGGCCAAGACCGCCGACGAUGCGCCGCUGGCCGAGAGGACCGACGUGGCCACACUCAAAAAGGCCAUGUACAUUGGAGCCCACAUCAGCAGCGCCGGCGGCGUCCAGAAUGCCGUGCCCAACUCCGUGCGCGUCGGCGGCAACGCGUUUGCCCUCUUCCUCAAGUCGCAGCGCAAAUGGCAGAACCCGGCUCUGGCCGACGACACGCGCGACGCGUUCCAUGCCGCCUGCGCUGAGCACGGCUACGACGCCGCACGCCACUGCCUGCCCCACGGCUCGUACCUCGUCAACCUUGCCCAGCCCGACCCGGCCAAGGCCGACCAGGCGUACACCAACUUUGUCGACGACCUGCGCCGCUGCGACGCCCUGGGCAUUCGCCUGUACAACUUCCACCCGGGCGCCGCUGUGGCCGGCAGCGGCACGCGCGAGGCGGCGCUGGGACGCAUUGCCGCGGCCCUCAACCGCGCCCACGCCGACACAGCGCCCUCCAAGGUGGUGACCGUCAUUGAGAACAUGGCCGGUGGCGGCACGACGGUGGGCGACCGGUUCGAGGACCUGGCGGCGAUUAUUGCACAGAUCGACGACAAGACGCGCGUGGGCGUGUGCAUCGAUACGUGCCACGCGUUUGCGGCGGGCUACGACCUGCGCACGCCGGAUGCGUUUGACAAAGUGGUGGCCGACUUUGACCGCAUCGUGGGCCUCCAGUACCUGCGCGCAUUCCACGUCAACGACAGCAAGGCGCCCCUGGCCAGCCGGCGUGACUUGCAUGCCAACAUUGGCACCGGGUUCUUGGGCUUGCGCGCCUUCCACAGCCUCGUCAACAACGAUGCCUUUGCGGGCCUCCCCAUGGUGCUGGAGACGCCCAUUGACCGUGUGGGCGCCAAUGGCAAGGAGUUUGAGGACCACCAGGUCUGGGCUGACGAAAUCAAGCUGCUGGAAAGCCUGAUUGGCAUGGACGCGGACACCGAUGAGUUCAGGGCGAAGGAAAAGGCACUGCAAGCUGAGGGCGCCAAGGAGCGUAAGCGCGUCCAGGAGCAGGUCGACAAGAAGUCGGUUAAAGACGCCAAGAAAAAGAAAUGA